UCCCAUUGCCAACCCCAUUGGCUUACUUCUAUGCCAUUGUCUUCUUCAAGCUCUCAGAACACACACUGAUUACCACUUACUCACCUCAUCAACCUUCUUUCACAAUCCCAUCUUGAUUAAUCUUCAGACAACAAAAAAGUAUUCAAAAUUCUACCUUUUCGAUCUCUUCACCAUUGCCCUGUUUCAGUUUGUUUUAUUUUAGUUCAUUGCUUCAGACUCGGUUCACAAGGUUAUUUUUUUUAAGUUUUGUGAUGCAAGAUGGUCUUGGUUUUCUUUCCUGUAACAUUCUGUUAAAGAAUGGAGUCUGAUAAUGGUGUUGUGAUGGAGGAGGAGAAUGCUGUGACCGCGAAAAUUCAAGUAGAAGGGUCUGCUCUUGAAACAGAGAAAGAAAAACAGAAUGCAAAAGAUGGUGAAGGUGUUUCAGAAAGUAAAAUCUCAAAACCCUUGAAGAAGUGUUUUCAGGAACCUGGCAUUACUAAUGGUGGUAAUUCAAAAACCUGUAAAAUGGCCAAGGAUAAAACAGAUCUGAAAGGCGGAGCUCCGUUUACUCAUAUCCAGAAGCCAGUCCUUUCUCAGAGUCUUUCGUAUCCAGCAAGAGGAGCUCGUCCAGAUGGUAUGAAGAGGAGCAUUGAUGGACACCCAGUGAAGAACGCAACAAAAAAUGCACGAGCAAAUGGGGCAAAAGCUCAGGGUUCUGGGGUCAAUCAAACAGUCACUUCAGUUUCCCAUUCGAAUCAAUCCAACAGACGGGCAUCCACUGGAAUGGACUCAAGGGAAAUGAAUACAAACAGUGGAGUUUCUUCCAGGCGGACUAGUUUAGCAUCUCAUGCCAGCAUUCACAAACCUGCACCGGUGAAAUCAGAUGCAGUGAAUGCAGCUGCUAAAUGUCCUCCACCUGAAGUUUCCCAAUCAGUUGAUCAAAAUUCAAAACCUAUAACAACUGCAUUUUCGAACAAAGAAGAUGACGAUACCCAUUCCACUACCUCGAGUGCCACUGGGCGGAGGAGCAGCAGAGGAUUCAACUUCAUGUUGGAUGAACGUGCUGAAAAACGAAAGGAGUUCUUUUCAAAGCUAGAAGAGAAAAUCCAUGCCAAGGAAAUGGAAAAAAGCAAUUUGCAAGCAAAAUCAAAGGAAAACCAGGAGGCAGAGAUCAAGCUACUGAGGAAGAGCUUGACAUUUAAAGCUGCGCCAAUGCCAAGCUUUUACAAGGAACCUCCUCCAAAAGUUGAACUAAAGAAGAUACCAACCACACGUGCAAAAUCGCCAAAGCUUGGGAGGAAUAAGAGCUCGAUUGCUGCAAAAGACGGCUCUUUGGGAAAUGGAGAGUCUUCUCUUAGCCCAGAAGUGAACCAAGAACCAAGCAAUUCCACCAAGGGGAUCACAACAAAUUUCAACAAAGACUCCACCACCUCGAAGACUCCCAUCAGGAAGUCUCAAACUAAAUUUCAGUCGCAGGAUACUGCACGAGCGAAAUCUGAACCAAAGGCUAUUAAGUCAAAACCGAAGACCGCAAAAGCUGUGGGGAACAAAAACCUGGAAGGAUGCAGUGGAAAACCUGAAGAAAGCCAGAACCAAUCUUCGGUCCAUCCUGAAUGCCAGGAUGCAAACCAGAAACAUCCUGCUCCUAGUGAUGGACCGAUUGUCAACACUGAGAUUCUGCCGGACGAAGUCAUGGUUGGAGGUUGAAGAAAAGAGUCCUAGCAAUUGUAUUUUAGGUUCUUAAAGUUUGAAGUUCAAUGAUGUCUGUAGUGUUGCAUGUUGUAAGUUGCUUAUGACACUUUAUAUUCUUUUGGAGAUGUUAUAUAUGUAGGGUCUGCAGGUUAAGACUAUUAUUGCAUUCAUUUAUUGAGCAUAAAUAAUUUUGAUUGAUUA